AUACUUUUGAUCAAUAUUUAUAUGUAUUCAUAUUAUUCACAAUAUUUAAUCCAUUAAAAAAUAAGUAGAUUAUUGUUAUCAAUGAUUUCUCCAUUACCAAAAAACCACAACUUCGUUUCCCCACAACGGUAAAAUAACUAGGAACGAAAUACUCCUACGAGAAAAACCAAAUAUCUGAUGAGUUUCCCGAUGGAAUCAUCGCCGGAAAAUCUUCCAGAAAUUUCAUCUCUCUCACCGUCAGUUAUCUCCUUCCUUAAUUCCACAUUCCAUCCUAACCAACACGAUCUCAACCUCUACGAUUCCCCUCACCUGGUCAUCGAGUUGGACACUCGCUGCUCUGAGUUGACUCACAAUAUCACCGACCUAACUCACCGUCUGGACUCCAUUCUUCUCUCUUACGCUUCUUUUUCUGAUCGUAUUGACGAUGCUUUUCACCAUGUUCAUCGUGAACUUCAAGAUCUCAAAUCCAAUUCCUCCUCCUUUUCGUCCACAUCAGAUGGAAAAACUGAGGAAAUGGCGGUAGAUGAACUUCCCGCACUCGCUAAAGAGGUUGCGAGAGUUGAGAUGGUGCGAAAUUACGCUGAGACAGCAUUGAAACUUGAUAGUUUGGUUGGUGACAUUGAAGAUGCUGUAACUUCUGUGAUGAACAGAAAUUUGAAGAGACAUUCAAUUCAACAAUACUCAGAGGAAAUACUAUUCAAUGCUAUCACUUCACUCAAAUCGAUAGAGGAUGUAUUAGCUUCAGUGACAAGGGCACACCCUCGGUGGGUUCGACUCGUGUCAGCUGCGGAUCAUCGAGUUGAUCGAGCUUUGGCUAUCUUGAGACUCCAGGCCAUUGCUGAUCACCGUGCCCUGCUUGCUUCGCUUGGAUGGCCACCACCUUUGCAUUCUUCAAAUAUUGAUGGAAGGAGAACUUCUGAAGUGACUAAUCCUUUCAAGGCAAUGCAAGGAGAGCUUAAACAGAAAUAUUGCAAAAAUUUUCUUGCUUUAUGCAGUCUUCAGGAGUUGCAACGGAGAAGGAAGUCACGGCAUAUUGGGGGAUAUAACCAUCAUCUUUCUUUGCAUCAGACACUCUGGGGUAUUGAAGAACUUGUAAAUCCUCUCUCUCUUGCGUCCCUUCCUCAUUUCGAGAAGUGGGUAGAUAAGCCUGAAUUUAUCUUUACUCUAGUCUACAAGAAUACUAGGGACUAUAUUGAUUCAGUGGAUGAGUUGUUGCAACCCCUGGUGGAUGAAGCAAUGUUAACAGGGUACAGUUGUAGAGAGGAAUGGAUUUCGGCUAUGGUGACCUCCCUGUCAACAUACUUGGCAAAAGAGAUAUUCCCCACAUAUGUUUCUCGGCUAGGUGAGGAGAGUGCGGUUGAGGUUAGGCUGCAAGCUAGUGUGUCAUGGCUUCAUUUAAUUGAUUUGAUGAUAGCAUUUGAUAAAAAAAUUCAAGCACUGGUUACUCAAUCUGGGAUCUUUGGUUCCAUUGAGGAAGACAGUCUCUUGCAGAGGAUGUCUUCUCUCUCUGUCUUCUGUGACCGGCCUGACUGGAUUGCUUUAUGGUCCCAAAUAGAAAUUGACAACACAAUAAAAAAGUUGAAAUCUGAAAUGGAGGACGACAGAAAUUGGAUGGUUAAACCUCGGGGAGCAGUUUGUUUUCCUGGGUCUGAAGAUUAUAAAUCUCCUGUGGUUUCAUCAAUACUUCUCGAACAUGUGUCAUCUUUUAUUGACCGCUGUAGAUCACUGCCUACUGUUAUUUUGAGAUCUCAGUUUAUCAGCUUAGUAGGUGCACCGAUUAUUCAAACCUUUCUGAAUUGUUUGCAUACCAAAUGUUUAGAAGCUGAAGGACUCACAGCCUUGGCAGAUGAUGAAGCUCUGGCUAAAGUUAUGACUUCAGUUAAUUCUGUACACCAUGUCAAGUCGGUCUUAAUAUCUUGGUGUGAUGUUAUCUUAGUUGAAAUUGGAAUUCAGGAAGAGUAUAGUCUUUCAACGGCUGUCACUGACGGAGAUGGAAAUGGGGUUUUGGACGAGGAAAUCACAAAAUUGGAAGAGUUUAGAAAGGAGUGGGUUGAUAAAUUGACAAAUGUUGUUUUAAGAGGAUUUGAUUUUAAAGUCCACGAUUACGUGAAGAAUAAAAAACAAUGGCAGGAGAAGAUUGAUGAAGGAAGCUGGACAGUAACAAAAUCGUUUGUGGUGGCUUUAGAAUAUCUGCAGGCGAAGAUGUCUUGGUUGGAAGAAGGUUUAAACGGCAUGGACUUUACUGCAGUAUGGAGAAGCUUAUCGGGUGGAAUUGAUCGUUUGAUAUUUAAUACUAUUCUUAUGAGCAAUGCCAAGUUCUAUAAUUGUGGUGUUGCGAGAUUUGGAGGCGACAUGAAUGUUUUAUUUGGCGUGUUUAGGAGUUGGUGUGUAAGACCGGAAGGGUAUUUUCCUCGUAUUAGUGAAGGCCUCAAGUUGCUGAAAAUGCAGGAAAAACACCUUCAAGAUCUUUUUGUUCAAGGAGAGGAGUGGAUGAAACAUAAUGAGAUUAGGCAUUUGAGCUUAGCCGAGGCCGAAAAGAUUGCUAGAUGUAGAAUUUUCACUAGUUAGAAACUGGGUUCAGGUUAAACUCUCACUUUUUUCUACUUCCCACACUUUCCUCACUUGAGAUUAUUCAGUUUGUUCUUUGUCUUGUACAUCCUGGAGAUUUCUUGCUGAACUAACACAAUUGUUUUCUGUUUGUAUGACAGGCAGCAAGAGUGCUAAUUUUGAUAUUGUCAAAUGAAUGAUAUUAUAUGAAAAAAUAGCUGGUAAAAUUUUGUUAUUUAAUCAUGUAUAGAAAUAAGGUGUUCAUGUUCUUUGCAUAUUCUUUCAACCAAACUUGUAUGAUAUGCUUGAGAAACUUGUAUAGAUAUAGCCAUAUAGAUUGUAGGGUGUCCAUUAUUUCAGGGUUGGAGUGAAAAAUGAUGAAAAAUUAGGUUUGGAGUUGAGAAGAUAGAAAGUCGUAAGGAAAGGAGAAAGAGAAUCCACGUGGACGAUAAUUGAAAUUGAUAUAUUAAUUCAUGGAAUAGAUUUCAAUAAUUUUGGGAUUAAGGCUAUAACAUUCUUGCCAUUGUUUUAUUAAUCACAUGAGAAUUGAUGUGGGUGUUUGACAAAUUAGUUUAUUAUUCAAUUUUAACUUAUUUAAAUACAAAGAGGGUUAGGUGAUCAAACUAUCAAAUGCUAGUGCUUGCUAAUAGCUGGUUGAAACAGCUUAUUAUGAAUAAGUUGUUUUUAAACAAGUUGUUCAUGGCAACGAGUUCAAAAUCAGCUAGUCAAAUUAGCCAAUUAAAUUAACUGGUCAAAUUAGUCAAUUAAAUUAACUGGUCAAAUCAGUCAAUCUAAUUAGCUACCAACUACCAACUAUCAACUAUUUAUCAAAUACCCUCAUGAUCUUACCUUAUAGAAUAUAUGGCAGUGUAAAAAACGAGAUUUAAACCCAAAUUUUUGGUUGGUGCCGCAGGUGGUGUACAUGAUUUUUAGUCUACCAUCUCUGAUCUCAGUCUCAUCUAGUAUACUUGUGGCCAAGAAUAAGAUAAGUUUGAUAAUACAACUAAAAAUAUUACUCCUAUUAUUUAUCUAAUAUUAAACAAAAAAAACCAACCAAAUCACCAAAUGUUCAACUACUAUAUUUGAAGACAAUAACUGCAUUCCAAGGAUGAGCAAGGGAUUCUUACGUCUCUA